GAACUAUUCUCUCCACAGAAAACCAUGAAUUCUUAUCUUUCUAGGUUCCUCUGUCUUUCCUCUCUGCUCUUCCUUUUCCCUUCCAUUUCAUCGUUAGCAGAUAACAAAUCCAUCGCUGUUACACUCUCCCUCUCGAAAUUCAACAAGAACCCAUCUUCAGAUCCGUGGCAGAAGCUCAAUCACCUUGCUUCUGCUUCUUUAAUCAGAGCACGACACCUCAAGAAUCCCCAAAAAAGUUCCCUUGUCUACAAAACCCCCCUUUUCCCUCACGGCUAUGGAGGAUACUCCAUUUCCCUCAGCUUCGGUACUCCACCUCAGACCGUCUCUUUCCUCAUGGACACAGGUAGUGAUCUGGUCUGGUUCCCCUGUACCCACCAUUAUACAUGCAGCAAUUGUUCUUUCCCCAAUCAAGAUCCCUCAAGCAUCUCAAAUUUCAUCCCCAAAUUGUCAUCUUCCUCCAAGAUUAUAGGCUGCCAGAACCCAAAAUGUGGUUGGCUUCAUAAUUCCGACGUUAAAUCGAGAUGCAGUGGUUGCGAACCCAAUUCGAGAAAUUGCUCGCAGAUGUGCCCCAAUUACAUAAUCAUCUACGGAUCUGGAUCCACGGCAGGUAUUCUGCUCUCAGAAACGCUCGACUUUCCCGAGAAAAAAAAACCUAAUUUCGUCGUCGGUUGCUCUAUUUUCUCGGCAAGAGAACCCUCAGGAAUCGCUGGGUUCGGGCGAGGCCCAUCGUCGCUACCGUCGCAGCUCCGCCUGAAAACAUUCUCUUACUGUCUCCUCUCUCACAGCCUAGACGACACCAAGGAGAGUAGCUUACUUGUCUUGAACGGAGACGACAAGACCACCGGCAUCAGCUACACACCGUUCGUGAAAAACCCAACCACCGGGAAUCCUGCAUUCUCCGUCUACUACUACGUCGGACUGAAAAAAAUCACCGUCGGAGGGAAAACGGUGAAAAUUCCUUACAAUUAUCUAUCACUGGGAUCUGAAGGCAAUGGCGGAACGAUCAUAGAUUCAGGGUCGACGUUUACGUUCAUGGAGAAGCAAGUGUUCGACUUGGUAGCACGAGAGUUCGAAACCCAAGUGAAGACUUACAAGAGAGCUCUCCACAUUGAAGCGCUCAGUGGUUUACGCCCCUGUUUCGGUGUAUCGGCCGAAAAGAAUGUGUCGUUACCGGAACUGGUCUUCCACUUCAAGGGAGGAGCCAAGAUGGCUUUGCCGUUAGCGAAUUAUUACUCGUUUGUUGGGAACACAGGUGUGGUGUGCAUGACGGUGGUGACGGAAGGUCUCGUCGGUACCGAAAUAUCGGUUGGGCCUUCGAUUAUAUUGGGGAACUAUCAGCAGCAGAAUUUCCAUGUGGAAUAUGAUUUGGAGAACCAGAGGUUAGGGUUUCGGCAGCAGAGUUGCGGCAAGUCACACGGACGGUAAUAGUAUCGUAUCGUGUUUCAAGCCCAUCCGCUCUGGGGUUAUGAUUUGCUAGACCAAGGUGUAUACUCAU